AAGAACCUUGGCAUAAACUUGUGAUCCUUCACCAAGUAAACAUUCUUCUUCUUCAGGGCACCUUUUCGGCCUCGUAAGCGGAAAGCCUGGCCCGCCUUCAAAUCAGUGCCAUCGUCACAGAUGAGUUCUGAUGGAUUAGAAGGCGGGACGAAGUGGACGCUAUCGUUAGCCGCCCAGUUCGAUGAUAUUAAUCGUUUAAACAAUGUGUUAAAUGAUGGAACAGUUGAAGAAUGUUUUCUAGCAUAUGUAAAGCAAACGGAAUGGGUACGACAACAGUGGGCCGCAUCAGAAGCAGAGGCUGCUCGGCUUCAAACAGAGCUAGAUGAGGCGUUGAGAACUUUAUCUAAAUGGGAGGCUAAAUUUGCACAUGUUCGUAAAAUGCUUGAUGGAGAGAAAAGGGAACGAAAUAUUGUGUUAAAAAAAUAUAAUGAAGUGAAUAAAUUAUUGGAUUUGGCCCGAGAUCUAUUGUUUAAAGAUAAUAGAACUAAGUUAAAUGAUGAAACACUCAAUAAGCUGGCCUUUCUCAAUGGUACUGCACAGCAGGAUCUUAACACCAAAAUCAAUGGAGCACAUGAUCUUAAUUCUACAGGAACUCUCUUAUCUGAAAUGUCAUAUUCCCGUUCUGAGGAUGACUUAGAUGAGUCCAUGGCAUCAGCUCAUCGCUCUUGGGCACACCGUGGCAGCUGGGCUGUACGAGAGAAUCCUCCGGCUAACAAGAAACGACGAUCAUCUACUAAUUCUUCUGCAACUAAGACAGUAGAGCUGCAAGGUGGAAAGGUGCUAGCCACGGCUACUACUACGCUCACAUUGGAGCGUGCUCCUACCUCACACGACCUUAAACCACCACAGAACUUUCAACCAAUAUCAGAGAGUAGUGACGAAGCAGCUACUCCGCGUCGAAAAUCUUCGCGUCGCUCGGACAGAAUGCAGCCUCCACAGGAGUUUGUCACACCCUCAGCUCCACCUAAAACUGAUUCUGAGAGUGCAUCGGACAACGGUCGCUUACCACAACGCACUCCUUCCGUUCUGUCAGCUGGGUUUGGUUCCCCUCGAGUAAGAGUCAGGCAGCACAACUUUGUGGCCAAGACUUUCUAUAAGCGGGAGAUUUGUGCGCCCUGUGGGAAGCCAAUCGGAUUCGCUAAGCUGGGCGUUCGUUGUGAGAGCUGCCGUGCGCCGGCGCACGCAGAUUGCCGUUCGCUUCUGCCUUUACCCUGUGUACCGCCUGGAAGACUGUUGCAUAACCAGGAAGGGUGUAUAUCUGACUAUGCUCCAUCCACGCCUCCAAUGGUACCGGCGUUACUUGUUCACUGCGUUAAUGAGAUCGAGAAACGAGGGCUCACCGAACGCGGCAUAUAUCGCAUCAGCGCUGUUGAUAAGGAAAUUAAACGACUUAAGGAACGAUUUCUGCGCGGCCACGGCUCUCCACAACUCGCUAACGAAGAUAUUAAUGUAAUCUGUGGUUGCGUAAAAGACUUCUUACGUUCCCUUCGAGAACCAUUAGUGACAAACGCACUGUGGGCAGAUUUUAUUGAUGCGGCCAAACUGAGCGAGCCAAGUGAUGCAACCGCAUCUAUAGUACAAGCAGUCAGUCAAUUGCCACAGCCUAAUAGAGACACGCUGGCUUUCUUGAUCUUACACUUGCAGAAGGUAGCAGAAAGUCCAGACUGUGAGAUGGGAAUAGACAAUUUGUCGCGUAUCUUUGGUCCUAAUGUGGUCGGAUACGGCAUGGUGACGCAGGCGCCAGAAAUGUAUACUGUCACUGCGCAGAUGGCUAACGUUAUGCAAGUUCUACUCCGCCUACCAGGCGACUACUGGUCUCAAUGGGCGUGUCCGGGGGAUUCUCCUCAACGUGCGCCUGCGCAGGCUCCAAGGGGAUUCUUCUUUUCGCCCGCUGAUAAUGGCGUAUCGCGCAAGAAAAGGAACUUUUUCUGAAUUUUUGUUGGUUUAUGUAACCCUUUAGUUAACCAUUGAAUUAAGUUUUUUGUACUUUAUUACGUAGUAUAUUUACAAUAAUAUAUAACAUAUACCUCAAUAUUUCUGAUUCAGUAAUUGCUUAGAGAAAAUAGAUUUUUAACUCAACUUUUAUAACAAAUUAUAUAACCUAAAAAUUCAUAUAUUAAAGAAACCUCAUGGAAAUCCGUGCAGUAAUUUAAGCUUAUCGCGAACAGAGGCGUCAGAUACUCAGUUUUUCAUGCUAUUGAAUUUUUUUUUUUAUAACUAAUAAAUUACUGAACUGGUAUGAAGGUAUGAAAAGAUUUUUUUGGAUAUCUAUAUUAAGUUGCGUUAUUUAUUUAAAAAAAAUAGUCUUAAAACGUAUUAUAGAAUUGAGUACUUAAUAGUAUAUAAAGCAAAUGGCUCAAUGUUUAACAUAUUCUAUCGGUUUAAGUCGCGUUCACUUAUUUAUAAUUUGAGGCAUUCGAAUUUUUAGAGACCUA